AUGUCUCCAGUUUCCAAGGAAGGAUAUCUUUGGACCCCUCAUGGGUCCACAGAAGGCCUACCAACAGACGCUGUACUAAACAGCUCGUCCUCUAUCCAAGAGACGUACGAUGUCAUCGUCAUUGGCGCCGGAUUUGCUGGGAUCAUUGCAGCACGCGACCUAAGCCAGCGAUAUAACUUGAGUGUGCUUCUCCUUGAGGCAAGAGAUCGUAUCGGGGGUCGCACAUGGACUGCCAAAGUGCUCGGGGAAGACAUUGAAAUGGGAGGCACCUGGGUCCAUUGGGGCCAACCUCAUCUCUACAGUGAGCUUCAUAGAUAUGGACUACACAAAAGUUUGAAGACAUCGGCAGGUACAAUCGCCCCAGAGAAGCAAUUUUUCAAACCUGCUGGUGGUUCACCCGAGCAAGUUUCACUUGGUGAGACCGAAGAAGCUUUGACGCGGAUUUCACAGGCUUUCUUCACUGUCGAUGGCCAUGAUAGUCGUUCUCUUAUGCCAUAUCCCCAUGAGCCAUUCAGGGAACCAGCUCUGUGGAGAAAGUAUGACAACUGGUCAGUGAAGGACCGAUUGGAUCGUUUAGAUGGAUUUACUCAGCGUGAAAAGGAUUUGUUCGAGUCGAACGCUAGCACAUUUGGCAGUGCACCAGGUGAGAACAUCGGAUUUACUGAAGCAUUGCGGUGGUACGCUCUAGGCGGACAUAGCAUGGCGAGAAUAUUCGAGUUGGCAGGAAUAUAUAAGAUUGGGAAGGGGGGUAUGACUUCUUUCGCACGGGCAAUUUUGCAAGACUAUGGUGGGGAUGUUUUGUUUCGAACUACCGUGAAAGAGAUCAACAAUUUCGCGUCCGGAGUGAAGAUCUUGACUUCGCAAGGCGAGUGUUUGAGGGCAAAGGCAGUCAUUUCGACCAUCCCGCUCAACUGUCUAGGAGACAUUAGAUUCAAUCCUCCCUUGUCUCCUCUUCGGCAAUCAGCGAUCGCCAAGGGCCAUAUCAACAAAGGUGCCAAGAUCCAUUUCAAACUGGAAGAAACAGAGCCAGGCUGGUUUGCAACUGCAAAUAGCUCCGGCGAUUCUUCUUACGUUUUCGCAUUUUCAGACCACAAUGGCACCCAGGCUUCUGGUCCAUCAGGAACCUGGUGCAUUGGGUUUGGAUACAACGGCAAGUUGACCGACAGGAAAGAUCACAAGCACAUUGUCGACCAAUUUCACAAUGCCAUUCAUCCGACUGCCAACGUUGUAGCUUAUGCAACUCAUGACUGGAUGAAUGAUCCAUUUUCAAAGGGUGUCUGGGCUUGCUGGGGACCCAAUCAUGCUUCGCAGUAUCUUCAGGAGCUCCAGAAACCUCAUGGGCGGGUCAUCUUCGCGAGCGCUGAUUGGGCAGAUGGAUGGAGAGGAUUUGUUGAUGGAGCAAUUGAACGAGGACAGCAAGCUGUCAAGGAUGCAAUCGGUGUCAUUGACAACAAUGGUCAAUCCAGAUUGUAA